UCCUCCUUUUUUUCACUCUCAUAUUAUAUAUUGUUAGAUUCUUGUUGUUUAUUUUCUAUCAUAUCGAAAAAAUAUGGAAGAAGUAGAAAUACCCCAAUAUUUUUUGUGUCCGAUAUCACUUGAAAUCAUGAAAGAUCCUGUCACAACAGUCACUGGAAUUACAUAUGAUAGGGAAAAUAUUGAACAAUGGUUGUUGAUGGCAGAGGAAAAUGCAUCUACAUGUCCAGUGACAAAGCAAAUUUUGCCUAGAGACACCGCGUUGUUGACACCAAAUCAUAUGCUAGGGCGAUUUAUUCGAUCGUGGACUAUAUGCAAUGCUGAAAAAGGGAUCGAGCAAAUUCCAUCGCCCAAAUAUCCUCUCAACAAAUCACAUGUCAUCAGGCUAAUACGUCAGGUGAAUAAUCACGAUUUUUAUUUAAAAGCUUUAAGAAAAAUGUUGACUAUGAUAAGUGAGAAUGAGGAAAAUAGGAAGUGUUUUGAUGAAGGUGGUGCAAUUAAGGCUAUGGUAUUUUUUAUAUUGAGGAGUUUUAAGGAAGGGGAAGGAAUUGAAGAAGCUUUGAGGAUUUUCCAUCUUGUUUGGAGACCAACACAUGAAAACAAGCAAAUUGUCAAGGAAAAUCAUGAUUUAAUUGAAGCCAUUUUAUGGAUUUUGAAGAGUCGCGAAAUGUACAACAAUCAAGUUGUAACGUCAAUCAAGACUCAUGCAAUGUUGGUCCUGAAAAAUGUGAUUUCAGUGUCAAGUACAAAUUUCUUAUCUAGUCUAACACUCGAUUUUUUUCAACAAAUGUUGAAUACUUUGAGGAAAAACAGCGUAAAAUAUAUUUCUCAACAAGCAACAAAAGCAGUGUUACAUGUGCUAAUAGAUGCCUGUCCAAGGGGACGAAACAGGCUAAAAAUGAUCGAAUUGGGGGCUAUUUUCGAGCUAAUUGAACUCGAAUUAAACAACAAUGAGAAAAGGGUUACUGAAUUAGUUUUUGCUCUUUUGUCACAUUUGUGUAGUUUGGCUGAUGGGAGAGCAGAAUUACUAAAACAUGCAGCUGGAAUUGCAAUUGUUUCUAAAAGGAUACUUAGGAUUUCUCCAGCCACAGAUGAAAGUGCAAUUCAAAUUCUUGGAUUGAUUGCAAAAUUUUCUGCUACAAAACAAGUGUUAAUGGAAAUGUUAAGAGUUGGGGCAGUGACAAAGUUUAGCAUGGUGAUUCAAGCAAACUGUGAAGCAUGUUUAAAGAAAAAAGCUAUGGAAAUAUUAAGGGCACAUUAUAAUGUUUGGAGCAACUCUCCAUGUGUACAAAUUUAUUUUUUGACAAGAUAUCCUGGUCAAUAGAGCUUUACAACACACCUCUAGUUCAAUAUAUAUAUAUAUAUAUAUAUAUAUAUUUAUGAUAUACUUGUAGAAAUUAUAGCAACAUGCAUUAUAUGUUUUUUAUUCUGCAAAACAAUAUGCAAAAUAUACAUUGAAACCUCAGACAGAAAUUUAUAUUUAUUAUA